AUGGCUACAAUUCUUACUAUGGAAUUUCCUUCCUCUGAUGAAAAUGAUGAGGACUAUGAUGCAGAAGAAGAAUUAAAAGAAGAACUUAAAGAAGAAUUAAGGGAAGAAAAAAAAAAAAAAAGAAACUCAAAAAAAGUAGGAAAUACUAUUAAAAAAUCUAUUAUAAAAGAAAAAACAGAAAAAAUAUAUAAUGAUAUUAAUCAAGAAUAUGAAAAAUUAUAUACUCAUGAAACUAAUGUAACAAAUGAAGAUUUUCUUCUUCAAUUUCAUAAAAAAUAUCCACAAUUUGAAAAAAAUUAUAAUACAACACAAAAAUUGCUUAAUCAUUUAAAUAAAUAUUGCUCAAUAGAACAAGAUAAUUCUAAUUUUAUGGAUAUAAAAGAUUAUAAAAAAUUAUGUCGAAACAAUUCUGAUAUUAAUAGUAACAAUAAUGACGUCUCAAAUGCUGUCAAAAGUGCAUUAAAUUCAUUUUAUUCAAACAAUUCUGUAUAUGUAGAAAAAAAAUAUAUGUAUGCUGGUAAAAUAUAUAACAUUAAAAAAAAAAUUGAUAAAACUUCUUCAUCCUAUAAAAGAUAUUUAAAAACAAAAGACAAAAUGAAUAUUGGUGGAAAUUUUGCAAAUAUUGAUGAACUUGUACAACAAAUACAAGAAAAUAAACAAAUCAAUACAAUCGAUAAAUCUACUGAAGAUUGGAAGCAUUACAAAAUAGCUAACUCUAUUGAUGAAGAAAAAUUAAAAGCUAGCCAAAAUUAUUUAGAAAAUAAAUUUUUUGCAGAAAAUGUUGAAAGAAAAAUGUUUGAAAACAAAGCAAAAAGAUAA